UCCUCCUCCUGCUCCUCGCUUGUCACGCAAACAAAAGCAAAAGCCACAGGACUAAAAACACCUCCACCUGAGAGCUACUGAAACACGGCCUUAGAGAUGGAGGGUUAACUCCCCCAGCACCUUUCACCUUAUUUUAAAGAGAGUGCGUAUAAACGACGAGCGAGAGUCACAGAAAUGGAGUUGCCUGAUGAAGAUGCUGAUGUGAGCACCACAAUGUGCAGGUCUCAGCCUGGAAGCAAUGAGGCCAGAGCCAGUUCACGUUCUUUGGAUACAGCUGAAGAUUUUAAACGAUCUGAAGAAAAGGGAAGGUCCGGGUCUGUGAGUUCCAAUAGGACUGACUCUACUUCAGAUUACCCGCCUACUUUUGCUGAUGACGACAGCACCACAAUGUGCAGGUCUCAGCCUGGAAGCAAAGAGGCCAGAGCCAGUUCACGCUCUUUGGAUACAUCUGUUAAUUUUAAACGAUCUGAAGAAAAGGGAAGCACCACAAUGUGCAGGUCUCAGCCUGGAAGCAAUGAGGCCAGAGCCAGUUCACGCUCUUUGGAUACAUCUGUUAAUUUUAAACGAUCUGAAGAAAAGGGAAGGUCCGGGUCUGUGAGUUGCAAUAGGACUGACUCUACUUCAGAUUACCCGCCUACUUUUGCUGAUGACAACAGCACCACAAUGUGCAGGUCUCAGCCUGGAAGCAAUGAGGCCAGAGCCAGUUCACGCUCUUUGGAUACAGCUGAAAAUUUUAAACGAUCUGAAGAAAAGGGAAGGUCCGGGUCUGUGAGUUCCAAUAGGACUGACUCUACUUCAGAUUACCCGCCUACUUUUGCUGAUGACGACAGCACCACAAUGUGCAGGUCUCAGCCUGGAAGCAAAGAGGCCAGAGCCAGUUCACGUUCUUUGGAUACAUCUGUUAAUUUUAAACGAUCUGAAGAAAAGGGAAGGUCCGGGUCUGUGAGUUCCAAUAGGACUGACUCUACUUCAGAUUACCCGCCUACUUUUGCUGAUGACAACAGCACCACAAUGUGCAGGUCUCAGCCUGGAAGCAAAGAGGCCAGAGCCAGUUCACGCUCUUUGGAUACAUCUGUUAAUUUUAAAGGAUCAGAACAAAAGAGAAGGUCCGGGUCUGUGAGGUCCAAUACGAGUGUCGGUUCUUCAGAUUUAAUGCCUGAACCUCAGGAUGAAGACAUCAGCACCACGAUGUGCAGGUCUCAGCCUGGAAGCAAUAUGGCCAGAGCCAGUUCACGCUCUUUGGAUUCAGUUGGUAAAUUUAAAGGAUUUGAAGAAAUGAGAAGGUCCGGGUCUGUGAGGUCCAAUAGGAGUGUCGCUUCUUCAGAUUUACUGCCCGAACCUCUUGAUGAUGACGACAGCACCACGAUGUGCAGGUCUCAGCCUGGAGGCAAUAUGGCCAGAGCCAGUUCACGCUCUUUGGAUUCAGCUGGUAAAUUUAAAGAAAUGAGAAGAUCCAAUAGGUGUUUGUCUACUUCAGAGUACCCGCCUCCUCUUGAUGAUGACGACAGAAUGAGUGAUCAUUCGGGUUGUAGUGAGUCAGAUGAGUGUGACCCAAGGUCACCCUCACUAGUGACUAGCAAAGACUCUGGGAUAUCUACCUCGACAGGCUUCUCCUCUUUGUCCGUCAGUAGAGAACCAGGGCUGAGUCCUCAGUUGGCAGGACCUGACGAUGUGGCGUGCGACUUGUGCAAAGGAACGAAAUUAAAAGCCUGGAAGUCGUGCUUGACUUGCGUUCGUUCCUUCUGCGAGCAGCACGUUAGGGAUCACUACAAAUACAAAUUGAUGCAACAACAUCAGCUGGUGGAGGUGUCCGAAGAUCUGGAUGUAUAUAAGGAGAAUGCUAAGCUGAAGCAGAUUAUCAGGGACACGAAUGAGGAGAACCGGGUGCUGAGAGAGGAAAUAAACUCCUUGAAAUACGGCAACAGCAUGCCGAAGCUUCCUGCGUACGUCUGUAAAGGAAAAACACCCACAGCAGCCGAUGUGAUUUUGGAUCCAGAGACAGCUCACCGCACACUCGUCCUCUCCCAAGACGGUAAACGAGUGCGAUUGGGCCAAAAAUCUAAAGUCAAUCCUGGGCCUCAGAGGUUCGACAGGUGGGAAUGUGUGCUCGCUAAAAAAGGCUUCAGCUCAGGACGACAUUACUGGCAGGUGGAGGUGAAUAAGGAGUUUACGAUCGGCGUGAUGAAGAGUUCUGCUCAGAGGAAUGGUCGUUUCGCCUUCGCUCCCUUUCAGGGCUACUGGUGCAUCUUCCACUUCUGGCUCUCAUUCUCGGCCCUGGAAAAUCACGUGGUUCGACUUCCCAUCAACUCUGUGCCCAAAGUGUUAGGCGUGUGUGUGGAUGUUGACGAGAAGUGGGUGACGUUUUACAACGGCGAGACCAAAGAUCAAAUCUACACCUUCAAAGACAUGAAGCUGGAACCCGGAGAUAAGAUCUACCCCAUCUUCCGCACAGUGGAGAGAUCCAUGGACCUUCAGAUUAACACCGUGAAAGAUUUGUUAAAGAAUUUGUGAAAGAAUUUGUUACUUAUUUAGAUGCUUCACAAAGUGAGGUCUCGUGGCAAAGAAAAAUACAAAGUUAUAAAACUGUGAAAACAAACACUAAGACGUACAACAGAUUUAAGACCCAAUCGGAGUCCUGGUGCUUUAUGUAGAAGGACAUGCGAGAUCUCUUCCGGUUCCGCUGGUUUGUUGAGGAUAUUUGUUGAUUCCUCAGUGAGCUUUGGUAGAUUGAUAUUGUUGAGGAGGCACCAGGGAUGGAAAAUACGUGAGUAAUCGUACUUUGUUACUGUACUUAAGUACUCAUUACUGUACAUACUGUAAGUACUCAAAGAUUUGUAUUUUACUCACGCAUUGUUGAAAUUGGAUACUUGCACUUCAUUCUGACCUUCAGAGUGCUUGUUCCAAAUUUCAGAUGCUUUAAUAUUCUUUUUUUCUAUUUUUUACACAUGCACCAUUAGGUGGUGGAGGCAUUAUUUUUUUCAGGUUGACUGUCGGUUUAUCUGAGAUUCUCCUUACCACAAUAUCUCAAGAACGAGUAGAUUCAUAUAUCAUCACAACCAGCGGAUAACCUGAUUAUAUUUUGGAAUUGAUCCAAACAUGGUCAAGGUCACAGCAAGGUCAAAUGAUGUUGGCGGUGACGGUAACAAGUUCUAGCUGUUUCUUAGUGAGAUAUUAUCCUUUGCUGGAGCGAAUGAGAUGUUUCAUUUGCCUCCCAUGUAAAAAUGAAAUAUCGCUCUUUAAAAUUUGUCAUUACAUUUAAAAAAGUAUGUUAAGUUGACCGCAAGUUUGUUAAAUCAGCUAGUUAAGUUUUGUAAAUUAGCUAGUUAAUUUCUGUGUAAGCGUAAUAUUUUCCUUAUGACUUUUUUCACCUGUUAAAAUGUUUAUUUUUUUACUCUUACUUAGAGUAAUUGAGUAUCUUUAAAUGUAAAUAGUUUUGAUUUUCUACUUUUACAUUUUAACUGAAUAAGACUUUGACGCACAGUUUUAUUGAAGUGCAGUUUCUCUCUUGUUCUUCUACCCCUGGGAGAUGCUGAUAUCUUCUGACUCCAGGGCUUUGUGUGAUGAGUGUACAGAAGGUUCUAAAUAUUUAUCUAUACUAAUCUUCUUUGUGUGGUUUUUGCUUUGUUGUUUUUUUCUUGAUUCCAUUUAAUGAAGUUAACUAGAAUUUUUCUCUGAAGUCAUUACUAUAUUUAAUGGUUUUAUCUUUGGAGUAGAAAUGGAGUAUUUUUUUUUUUACUUACAUGUACACUGGAUUUCCCACAGCAGUGUUGGUGGAGUUUGUGGAGAACCAUUUAUCUCCAGGAAGGAUGCCCAUUCUCUUAUGAUUAAGCCCUGAUGAAGAAGCCAAUCACUGCCAAGUGCAAAACGGACAUGAAUCGUUUUAUUCUUUCUGUUUACUGUCAGUUCUGUGCCUUGAUUCCCUCUAAAUCUGAGUUAAUAACUGUAUUAAAGUCGGCACGGAUUAUAACCGGAGAAGCAGGACAUAUUUGCAAUGGCUGUAGCUCUGCUGCUGAUGGAGAUGUUUAUUAUAAUGUCUCUGGUGUGUGAAUGAGAUUUGUCUUCAUGGAUCACUAUGCCUCUUAAUUUUGGAGAUUUUGUUCGGAGAUUAAACAGUGGGCUCUGUAGUUUUUUUUUUUUUUUUUUUUUUUAUAGGAAGCUUGUAGAUGUGUUUAAUGUAGCAUGAUUUGAAGUUAUUUUGAUGUUCGAUGCUAUUUAAGUAGGGAUGU